GUCCCGCAGGGCCGAGGCCAGCAGCUCCGGGGCCAGCCACCAUGUCCUCCACAGUAAACAACGGGGCGGCCAGCAUGCCCUCCCCGCCCGACGCGGCGAACGGCUUCCCGCAGCCGGGCGCCUCGUCGGGGGCCUGGCCGCGGGCAGAGGAGGAGCUGCGCGCCGCGGAGCCGGGACUGGUGAAGCGAGCACACCGCGAGAUCCUGGACCACGAGCGCAAGCGGCGCGUGGAGCUUAAGUGCAUGGAGCUGCAGGAGAUGAUGGAGGAGCAGGGGUACUCAGAGGAGGAGACCCGGCAGAAGGUCAGGACCUUCCGGCAGAUGCUGAUGGAGAAGGAGGGAAUGCUCAUCAGGGAGGACCGGCCUGGGGGCCACAUCGUGGCGGAGACCCCGCGGCUGAUCGAGGGCGCCGAGCCGGGCCUGGAGUACGCGCCCUUCGACGAGGACGACGGUCCAGUGGACUGCGACUGCCCGGCCGCCUGCUACCGCGGGCACCGGGGGUACAGGACCAAGCAUUGGUCCAGCAGCUCGGCGUCGCCCCCUCCCAAGAAGAAGAAAAAAGGCGGCCACCGGAGAAGCCGCAAAAAGAGGAGACUAGACUCCGAGUGCAGCUGUGGGAGCUCCUCACCCCUGCGCAAGAAGAGGAAGAGUGUGAAGAAACACCGCCGAGACAGGUCUGAUUCUGGGUCCCGGAGGAAGAGACGGCACAGAUCUCGAAGCCCCAAGAGCAAAAGAAAAGAAAAGAACAAAGAGAGGAAGAGGCCACAUGUAGAGUCCCCUGGCCGGAGGUCCCAUCGCCACAGCAGCGGCAGCUCCCACAGCCCCUCACUCUCCUCCCACUACAGUGAUUCCAGAUCACCCAGCAGGCUGAGCCCCAAGCACCGAGACGACGGGCGGAAGACGGGCAGCCAGCGGUCCAGCGGGAGCCGGUCGCCUUCCCCGUCCGGCGGCAGCGGAUGGGGGUCGCCCCAGCAGAACGGCGGCAGCAGGCAGCGGAGCGGAGCGCACGGGGGCCGCCCGGGCUCGGCGCACAGCCCGCUCGAUGUACGUACGCUUCGCUUUGCAGAGGGUUCCCGCGCCGCGCGGGCUGCGCCGAGCUGGGUCAGGGCGGAGCAGGGUCGGGGCCGGGUCGCCGCGGGGCAGGGGGCAGUCAGUGCGUCACGGGGCGGGGCCGGCCGCUCCCGCCUCCCAGGCGCUCUCCUGGAAUCGUCCAAGCGGUCGGGAACGCUUGGAUGUUUCGCCCACCCGGCCCUAGUGUCGGUGGGGGAGGGGGGCCUGCACUCGCACGCCGAGGCCGAGGCCGCCCGCGCCCGGCGCCGCUCCCGCAGUUACUCGCCCAUCCGCAAGCGGCGACGGGACUCGCCCAGCUUCAUGGAGCCACGGCGCAUCACCAGUGCCCGAAAGCGUCCCAUCCCCUACUACCGGCCCAGCCCCUCAUCCUCCUCCAGCUGCCUGAGCAGUGACUACUCAAGCCGGAGCCCCAGCCGCAGCCCCAGCCCCGGCCACAGCCACGGAAGCUACAGCAGCCGCAGUCGGACCCGCAGCCGCACGCGCAGCCCCUCUCGGACCCCCAGUCCCAGCUACCACAGCCGGAGCAGCUCAGAGAGUGGGGGCUUCUGAGCCCAGCAGACCCAGCUUCAUGCUCUCAGCACAGGGAGCAGCAAGGGGUCAGGCCCCAGGGCCCGUGGGGGGCCUGCACCCCACUGCUACAAAGAGGUCCUGGGGCCAGAGAAGACCUUGGGGAUGGAUGCCCUGCAGACAUGGAGGGACUGGAUUCUGCUGCUUCUAGAGGGUCCCCACCCCCACCUCCUGCCUGACCACCAUGUCCAGGGAACAAAGAGCCGUUCUGAACACAGGGAUCACCCUGCCCCCCUUCCUGCUUGAUGCCAGCUCACCAGGCUGGGGACCUCAGCUCAGUGGACCCAGGGAUCCUUUGAAGGUGCCAGACCUAGGAGCCUCCCCUGCCACUCCAGAAGACCCUCAGCUCUUAUCUGUCACCAGGUGGACAUGGAGGUGGGACAGCAAGCAGGAGCUAAGUCAGACAGAAGGAAGGAUGGCCUAGCCCUUGGCACACACCAUCCAGGCUGGGGAACUACUCCCUUCUGAGCUGGCAGCAGGAGGACCCUGGCUGAGGGCUGAAGGCUGGCCCCACAGCCUCUCAAAAGCCCUCCCCUAGCCCAGGAGUGCCCAGACUCAGUGGGCCCCUAAGCCUCAGCUUGAGGGUCUGGGAGCUCACCCGUGGUCCCACCUAUCCAAGCCAGGCUUUCCCCUCCUCACCGCAUGCCCUGGGUCAAGGCCAUGCCAGCAGGCCUUCUGCAUGACAAGAGGGGGGACAUAUAGACCACAACAGCAUCUGACCCUGAGAUCAAAAGGGGUUGGGGUCAGGAAGUGGAAGAGAGAAGGAGUAGGUGGAAGAGGAGCCUGUGAGGGGGCAAAGCAAUGCAGUCAAUGACUAAGAGGGCCCCAGUGUCCCAGUGUGCCCAGUGGCUGGGACAUGGGCCAGAUGGCAGCAGGCAGAGAGCAUGUGCUUCCGGGCCUGCUCAAAGGAGCAGGGGGCCCAAAGCAGUACCUCUCCCAGAGAGGGGUGCUACAGCUCUUUGAAGAAAGGGUAAUAUCUAGACUGAGGGCCUUGGCCUGGGUUAAGGAUGGGGAAGCAGUGGUCCCCAGCCCUCUUCUGCUGCUCCCAGCCCCCUCCUCCUGGGGCCCUCAGGGAUCUCAUGAAGUCUUCCUUGGCCCGACAGGGCAGAUACCCUGGGCUCCGGUUGGGGGAGGGGUCUGGGGUCUGAUCCGGGUUCCUCCCUCUCAAUUUCCCCCUCCUCCGCGGUGCGGAUAAAAAUUGGACUCUAAUAAAACACUUGGUGCCCGGACGGCAGGUGGUGAGA